UUAUUAUAUAUGAAACAAUUUUUACCAUUGUUGUCAACACAUUCUUCUUCAUCAACUUUUCUAUCAUUUGGUUCCUCAAUUUCUCACUUCAUACCCCCACGUGGUACCCAAUUCUUGCAUUUAAACUUUCACUUCAGAUGGAUGUAUACACUUUAGAGGCUGUUGAAAUGUCCAAAUUUAAUUUGUGGUACUUUUUCUUGUGACGGAUGGAACAGAACAAUGGCGUCUCAUGUUGGUGGAUAUCCUCGUAUGGGGCCCAAGAGAGAGCUUAAGUUUGCGUUGGAGUCUUUUUGGGAUGGGAAGAGCAGUACUGAGGAUUUGGAGAAAGUGGCAGCAGAUCUUAGGUCAUCCAUUUGGAAGCAGAUGGUUGAUGCUGGCAUUAAAUAUAUUCCAAGCAACACCUUCUCGUAUUAUGACCAAGUCUUGGACACAACGGCUAUGCUAGGUGCAAUUCCACCAAGAUAUGGUUGGAAUGGUGGUGAGAUUGAUUUUGAUGUCUACUUCCCAAUGGCUAGGGGAAAUGCGUCUGUACCUGCCAUGGAAAUGACAAAAUGGUUCGACACGAACUACCACUACAUUGUUCCUGAAUUAGGCCCAGAUGUUAAGUUCUCGUAUGCAUCUCACAAAGCAGUUACUGAAUACAAGGAGGCUAAAUCUCUAGGCAUUGACACAGUCCCUGUCCUCGUAGGACCAGUUUCCUUUCUCUUGUUAUCAAAAGCAGCAAAAGGUGUUGAAAAGUCGUUUCCUCUUCUCUCACUGAUUGACAAGAUUCUUCCAGUUUACAAGGAAGUCAUUGCUGAACUGAAGGCAGCUGGUACUAGUUGGAUUCAGUUUGAUGAGCCUACUCUUGUUAAGGAUCUUGAUUCUCAUCAAUUGCAAGCAUUUUCUCAUGCCUACUCAGAAUUAGAGUUAUCGCUUUCUGGUUUAAAUGUCCUCAUUGAGACAUACUUUGCUGAUGUUCCUGCUGAAGCUUUCAAAACAGUGAUUGCUUUAGAAGGCGUUACUGCACUGGGGUUUGAUCUUGUUCGUGGAUCGAAGACUCUUGAUUUGAUCAAGACUGGUUUUCCUUCAGAAAAGUAUCUCUUUGCGGGAGUAGUUGAUGGGAGGAAUAUUUGGGCUAAUGAUCUUGCUUCUUCUCUCACUACCUUGCAAUCUCUUGAGAACCUAGUCGGAAAAGACAAGCUUGUGGUCUCCACCUCCUGCUCACUUCUCCACACUGCAGUUGAUUUAGUGAAUGAAACUAAGUUGGAUGAAGAAAUUAAGUCGUGGCUUGCAUUUGCUGCACAAAAAUUGGUUGAGGUCAAUGCGUUGGCAAAGGCAUUGGCUGGACAAAAAGACGAGGCAUUCUUCUCUGCUAACGCUGUGGCUCGGACAUCCAGAAUAUCCUCUCCUAGAGUGACCAACGCGACUGUACAGAAGGCUGCUACUGCUUUGAAGGGCUCUGACCAUCGCAGAGCCACUACUGUCAGCGCAAGGUUGGAAGCUCAGCAGAAGAAGCUGACUCUUCCUGCUCUUCCAACCACUACCAUUGGUUCUUUCCCUCAGACAUUGGAGCUAAGAAAAGUUCGCCGGGAAUACAAGGCUAACAAGAUUCCAGAGGAAGGAUAUGUCAAAUAUAUUACGGAGGAAAUCAGCAAAGUAGUCAAACUCCAGGAAGAGCUAGAUAUUGAUGUUCUUGUGCACGGAGAACCAGAGAGAAAUGAUAUGGUUGAGUAUUUUGGGGAGCAAUUAUCUGGUUUUGCUUUUACAGCCAAUGGAUGGGUUCAGUCUUAUGGAUCUCGCUGUGUUAAACCACCAAUAAUCUACGGUGAUGUCAGUCGCCCAAAACCAAUGACUGUCUUCUGGUCUUCACUGGCACAGAGCAUGAGCAAGCGCCCAAUGAAGGGAAUGCUCACAGGACCUGUUACCAUUUUAAACUGGUCUUUUGUUAGAGAUGACCAGCCAAGAUUUGAGACUUGUUACCAAAUAGCUUUGGCUAUUAAGGAUGAGGUUGAAGAUCUCGAGAAGGCCGGCAUUAACGUCAUUCAGAUUGAUGAAGCAGCUUUAAGAGAGGGAUUGCCUCUAAGAAAGUCCGAGGAAGCUUUCUACUUGAACUGGGCUGUGCAUUCAUUUAGAAUUACCAACUGUGGUGUUCAAGACACUACCCAGAUUCACACUCACAUGUGCUAUUCAAACUUCAACGACAUAAUCCAUUCAAUUAUCAACAUGGAUGCUGAUGUGAUCACCAUCGAGAACUCCAGGUCUGACGAGAAGCUUCUUUCUGUGUUCCGUGAGGGAGUGACGUAUGGUGCUGGCAUUGGCCCUGGAGUAUACGACAUCCAUUCACCAAGGAUUCCGUCGACAGAAGAAAUCGCUGACAGAAUCAGCAAGAUGCUUGCAGUCCUUGAUACCAACAUCCUUUGGGUCAACCCCGAUUGUGGCCUCAAGACGCGUAAGUACACUGAAGUUAAGCCUGCACUCAACAACAUGGUAGCAGCUGCUAAGCUCCUCCGCAACCAGUUGGCCAGCAUGAAAUGAGCUUUGAAUUACCAUAGUCAAUCCAAUGUGAAGUCCCAUUUUAAAUUACCAUGGCUGUUUUAGCAAAAAUAGGGAUAAUGCUCUUCUCAAGAAAUAAUAUAUAGGUUUCUGAGUUACUGGCAAAUUGUCCGAGGUUUGCUCUAUCGGCUCCUUUUUCAUAAUUGCUUCUUAUAUUCUUUUAAAAA